CAGAGACAGAGACAGAGAGAGAGACAGAGACAGAGACAGAGAGAGAGACAGAGAGACAAACAGACAGACAGACGGACAGAGACAGCGAGAGAGGCACAGAGAGAGAGAGAGAGCGAUCGCCCACAAGAGGCGAACUACCCACAAUACCUUAGGGAGAGAGCCAUCAGUGCCCUCAUUGAGCUCGAGAGAAAAGCAUAUAAGAAUUUCGAGGACGCAGUCGCCCUCGCUACCGCUGCAGCAAAAGCGACGGAUGCUCUUCUCGACCUCUCCGUCCAGGAAGACUUUUCUGGUUCCACCACCUUUGCAGACCAGCAGGUGAUGGGACAGCCGUCUGUUUCUUCGGGAAGUUCGCAAAGCUUCGACGGCUUUCUCUUGGAGCUUCUUCGCCUCCUCUCCCUCGAUUUCGCAAAGGAUAUGGAGGGUCACCAGAAGGAGCAGAGGCAGCCGCAACAGCAGGAAGAUCCACAACAGCGAGAGAAGACUCUGCAGCGGCUGGACCUGUUGCAGCGUCUGGCCUCAACCGAGCCACAGGAGAUCAAGGAAGCCCUCUUGCUGCGGGACACAGGCAGUGGCGGGGCAGUUCCCCCCAGCCUUCUGGAGCGUCUGGGAAGUGGAGAGGAUCAUGAGACGCUGCAUCUGUCCAUGCUACACAAUCUUUCUUCCCUGAAAGAGGCCCCUCCUACGCAGAAGCCGCCAGCAGGCAAGGGGCCCUCUAGAGGGACAGCCCCUGGGCGUGCCAAGUCCGCCAAAGGAAAGAAGAAGACAGGCGUCAGUAGAGUUCCCAAAUCCAUCAGUGAGCAGCUGGCGCAGCAGGAGGAGGCCAGCGAAAAUCUUCACCUUAGUCUCCUUGAGCGCAUUGGAUCUCUUACAGACCUCCCAGACGGAGCAGGGGACAGUCAGUCUCUACACCUCUCGCUGCUCUUCGGCAGAAGCCCUUCACAGAAGGAUGUCGGUGUGAAGGAUCAGAUCACUAGCAAGCAGGACACUAAAGACCCUGCAGAAGUGCAGCUCAGUGGCAAAAAAAAGGGGUCACAAGCCCCUGCAAACAUCCCCACCCAGGAACAUGGGAAGCCCAUCAGUGAGCGACUCCUAGCUGCGGACGCUUCUCCGUCGCCUGCAAGUCUGAGGCGGCGAGAGGCCGCGCAGCAACAGUUCAAACAGACAGCCCCUGGGAGCAGCAGCAGCUGCAGCAGCGGCAGCAGCAGCGCAGAUUGGCUGGAUGAGGCCCCCAACGAUUUCCAGGAUAUUGAGCUCCAAAGCCCAAGGAACCUUACCACAGGAAAGCAACGUAGGGGACGGCGAGUUCCCAGGGAGAGUGCCCAGACUAAGGCAGAAAAAACACCGGCUUUUUGUGCAAUGCACAUCCUGCCGCAACAGCAGGAUCCGCAGCAGCCGCAGCAAGAGACAGCUGCCACUAGCUCUAACACGUCAGCUCUUCGCUGCACCUCACCGAUGCCCAGGGCCAGGAGACCAGACAACCCUACUGCAGAGGGCCCACGCACACUCUCCGCGCUCCAACCGGCAACCCACAUAGCAGCAACUGGAGUGCCUCAGCCUCAACCUGCAGCAGCAAGUGUUCCGGCUCGCCGGCCUGCUUCUGCAGCACCUCAGAGUGACCUGAGCCCCGAGAUCUUCUGGGAAUUAUUUUAUGCAAAAACCACUCGCAAAACGAUGGGAGCACCAUCCUCUGGUGUGGAGCGAACCCAAGCUGCUGAGAGCAACCCAGGUAGACCCUCCACUUGCGGACAGAGGGGCCUCCCGGUGACUCAGAAGAAGCAUGCAAUGUGGAGAUUCAUUGACUCCGACAGCUCUCUAGACAUCCCCUGCCCGAAGGGCUGCGGUAGCAGCUGUGAGGAAAUGCCGUAUGAGGCGGACACGUCGGCGGCCUCCUCCACAGAGAACGUGCAAAUGGCGCCUCCAGCUCCCCUCAUUGUGAAAGGAACCCCUCUCGUCCAGCGCCAGCGACCUCAGCAGGAGCAACGGCAGGCAACGGUGCCUGUACAGGGCCCCGUAGAUUCCAAUGGGCGGCCCCCUCUUCUCCUUGAGGGCUCCAUGCUACUGAUGUCUUCCGUUGCCUUCCAGGAUGCCGAUAUAAACAACACCCAAGUGCAGCAGCAGGGGUCGCAGCAAAGGCAAAAUCCGCAUCCGCAAAACCCGCAGCAUAAAACUUUGGCGAGACCGAGUUCCUCAAAACGGAAGCAUCGUAACCGGAAGAGGCGCUCAUGA